UGUUCCAGGGGUAUCAGAUCCAUGACUGCUGCUGUACAUACAUACGCACUUCGCUUAUCCCGCCGACAGUUCAUCCGUCUCCUUUCUACUAGAAAUGUUCAAAUAUGACCACCUUGGGUUGUCAUAAUGUGGAAGAUCUGAUGCGACAAAGCUGCAAAAUUAAGCCUACCAGUUCAGCAAUAAUGGAAAGUUUGGAUAGCCUUCCAUCCAAUGAUCGUGAUAACCAGAAACCUAGUGGAGGAAGUACACCAUGGCAUGAUUCGACGAUUCAUAAAAAAUCUCCAGUGCAACCAUUAAAUGAAUCGCACAGCUUUUUACUAAUUGAUGGAAGAGAGCAUCUCAAAGUUUCAAGCACUGAACAAUUUAUUGAGAAUUUAAAAUGUGGCGGUAAAAAUGUAAAGUUAAAAGUUGUAUCCAUAUUUGGCAACACAGGGGAUGGAAAGAGCCACACGUUGAACCAAGUAUUUUUUGGUGGUCAAGAAGUAUUUCGAACUUCAAAUGAGCAAAGCUCUUGUACACUCGGGGUCUGGGCAGCAUUUGAUCCCACAUUAAAAGUAAUUUGCUUGGAUACCGAAGGACUGCUAGGAAUAACAGCUCAUGAAAAUCAACGAAUGAGACUUUUGCUCAAAGUUCUCGCGGUGUCUGACAUUGUAGUUUAUAGAACUCGCUCUGAGAGACUUAACCGAGACUUAUUUACAUUUAUUGGAGCUGCAUCACGAGCUUACAGUCACCAUUUUCAAAAUGCACUACAAGCUGUUGGGCAAAGAGAAGGUAUGAACGGCUCUUUGAGUGCACUUGGGCCAAGUAUCAUAGUGUUUCAUGAGACUCGGCAUACCAGAACAUUGUCCAGUAAUGCAACAGAAAGUGCAGAGGAUAUUUUAAGAGCACGUUUUGAUCAGAUGCGGUUGGAAAUUGAAGCGUUUAGCUCAAUAAAGUAUGUUGGUGUCGAAACGCCAAAUCCGCCAACAGAUUAUCAACCCUUGAGGAGGGCCAUUAAAAAUGAGCUGGAUAAUACGACUGUUCGUUCUGCUAGGAGGCCUCACCUGGUCUAUGGCACUCUUAAAAUACUCAAUGAUAAAUUUUCUGGUGAAAUUGAAAACUUGUCAAACAUCCUAUUUCCUGACCAGUACUUUACUUGCACUGUCAAGUGCUUGAGCUGUGAUUGUAGAUGCAUCAACAGUAUGGGACACCUGCGUGAAGGCAAACCCCAUGCUAGUGAUUCCAGAUGUCGUUACCAGCAUCAGUAUGAAAACUUGGUCUACAUUUGUAAAAAGUGUCAUGGCAACGGAAGUGAAGUCGUUGUCACUAGUCGUACGCUAACCCAGAGUGAUGCAAGCUGGUAUGGAUUCGCCAAGUAUGCGUGGUCUGGAUACGUGAUAGAAUGUCCACACUGUGGUGAGAUAUAUAGAAGUCGACAGUUUUGGUACGGAAAUAAAAAUCCUGAGGAUGCAGCUGUUAGGACAGAAAUAACACAUGUUUGGACUACGGCUAAUGCUUCACUGGCAUCUCAGAAUACUGCUCAAAGAGUUAUUGACGGUGUUUCGUAUAUAACUGAAGCUGUAACCAAUGCAUCAAUUCAACCGACAAAACUAUUGACAUCCUGGGUUGCCGAUCAAGUUGCUCCUACAUACUGGCGGGCCAACAACGAAAUUAAACACUGUCAUAAGUGUAAAGCUCCAUUUGGCCCAACAGAUACAAAGCACCAUUGCCGAGCUUGUGGUGAAGGGUUUUGUGCCACCUGCUCAUCAAAAACAAAACCAGUGCCACUAAGAAAUUGGUACACGCCAGUUAGAGUUUGUGAUAUAUGUUUUGACAAGGACGAUAAUUCUAAUGAAGAUUUGACUGAAAGUUCCGAAGAUGUUAGCGCAAGGAAAGUUACCGAACAUGUCGUUUCGACAUUGAACGUGGUUGGAACUGUCUUGAGUUACUCAAAGUCACUGAUCAAGGAUACAGUGAGGCCAAGCUACUGGGUACCUGACUCGGAAGUAACAAACUGCUGUGUCUGUGCGGUAAAUUUUUCAGACACAGUGCCUUUACAUCACUGCAGGGAUUGUGGCCGCGGGGUUUGUCAAGAUUGUUCUACUCAUCGAAAGCCAGUUACUCGACGUGGUUGGGAUAAAUCUGUUCGUGUGUGUGAUCUGUGCAUCAAGAUCGAUUGAAAAAUGACUGUUAUUUUAAUAACUUGAUGGCGAGCUAUUAAGAGUUAUAUAAAUGUAAAUAAUUGUUAUCCCGAUGUCGAGUAAAGACCAUCAAAGAAA